CCCGACUCCGGCGCGCAGGCGCUGGUUUAGCCGUUGCCGGCGGCUCGGCUGCGUGUUAUUUUGUGUUCGUCGCCGGCGUUUGCGUCGUGUCAGUUCCCGCUGACUGCCUGGGUCUCUCUCUCCGCAGCGAGCCAUGUCCUCUCCCAGGAGCGCCUCCCCGCAGCAGCACGACGGGGCCGCAGGGUACGGCUCUGCCUUCGCGUCUGCACGCUCGGCCGCUUCCUCCUCCGCGUCGGGCCGCGGCAAGACGUUGGCGGAUGCCCGCGUCUCCGAGGAAUUGGAGAUCGCGUUGGACCUGGCGCUGGAGCGGUUCUUGUACAGCGAUGAUCAAGAGAUGGCGUUUCCUUCGUCUUUUACUUCUACCGAAAGAGCCUAUGUUCACCGGUUGUGCCAGUCUCUUGGUUUGAUAUCUAAAAGUAAGGGAAAAGGAUCGAGUCGAUAUCUAACUGUCAGGAAAAGGAAUGGAUCGCAAGUAGCUCAUGCAGAAAUGACUUGUUGUUUGACUCCCAGAACGAAACAGGCUGUUCACAGUUUAAUUCAAAGAUUUCCUCUCACAAAGAAAGAACGAAUAGAACUUCUGCCAAAGAAGCAGCGAGGAAAUGCAUUUGCUGUUGAAACUGAAAACAAAGAAGUUGGGAAGACGAGCGGAAGGCUUAGCAGUGGUAUUCCUCAAGUGCCGCUGAAAAGAGGGGAGUCGGAAUAUGACUCCUUUAGGCAGUCAUUGCCAGUUUUUGACAAGAAGGAGGAAAUUGUCAAAAUAAUAAAGGAAAAUAAAGUUGUUCUCAUUGUAGGAGAGACUGGAUCAGGAAAAACCACUCAAAUUCCUCAGUUCCUUCUUGAUGACUGCUACGAAAAUGGAAUUCCCUGUCGUAUGUUUUGCACUCAGCCAAGACGUUUGGCAGUUAUUGCUGUGGCUGAAAGAGUGGCAGCAGAAAGAAGGGAAAAGGUUGGCCAGACAGUUGGCUAUCAGAUCCGAUUAGAAAGCAGGGUUUCUCCAAGGACACUGUUAACGUUUUGCACAAAUGGCAUACUGCUUCGCAUGCUGAUGGCAGGAGACAGUGCUCUAUCAACAGUAACACAUGUUAUUGUGGAUGAAGUACAUGAGAGGGAUAGAUUCAGUGAUUUCUUGUUAAUAAAACUGCGAGAUAUAUUGCAAAACCAGACUAAUUUAAAACUAAUCAUUUCUAGUGCUGCUCUAGAUGCAAAUCUCUUUAUUGAGUAUUUUGGAAGUUGCCCAGUAAUACACAUCCAAGGAAGACCAUUUGAAGUUAAAGAGAUGUUUUUGGAGGACAUUUUACGAAGCACUGGGUACACAAACAAAGAGAUGAUAAAAUACAGAAAGGAGAAGCAGCGAGAAGAGAAGCAGCAAAGCACUCUCACUGAGUGGUGUUCUGCUCAAGAAAGUAAUAGCAACCCAGAAUCACGGAGCAGAAGAUCUGUUGCAAGUGUAUCUGAAGAGUAUAAUCUGCUGGACAGCAGUGGUGACACAGUUUUUAAUGCUCUGGUUGAGAGAGAUGCAAGUUGUCUUGAACCAUGGCUAAUAAAAGAAAUGGAUUCUUGUCUUUCUGACAUCUGGUUACAUAAAGAUGUUGAUUCCUUUGCUCAGGUGUUCCAUUUCAUCUUAACUGAAAACGUCAGUGUUGAUUAUAGGCACAGUGAAACCAGUGCAACUGCACUAAUGAUAGCUGCAGGGAGAGGCUUUCUAAGUCAAGUAGAGCAAUUGAUCAGUAUGGGAGCAAGUGUCCACUGCAAAUCAUCCAAUGGCUGGAUGGCUUUAGAUUGGGCUAAGCACUUUGGACAAACAGAGGUGGUUGACCUGUUGGAAUCUUACAGUGCUUCAAUGGAAUUUGGAAAUCUGGAUGAAAGUUCUCUGGUCCAAGCAAAUGGUAAUGACCUUGGAACAGAGGACAGAGAGUUGUUGAAAGCUUAUCAUCACAGUUUUAAUGAUGAGAAGGUGGAUUUCGACCUGAUCAUGCACUUACUUUACAACAUCUGCAAUAGUUCUGAUGGGGGAGCAGUUUUAAUAUUUCUUCCUGGGUACGAUGAGAUAGUUAGCUUGAGAGACCGAAUUAUUUUUGAUGACAAGAGAUUUGUUGAUAAUGCGCACAGAUACCAAGUAUUCACACUUCAUUCAAAUAUGCAAACUUUGGAUCAGAAGAAUGUGCUUAAAACUCCGCCUUCUGGCAUCCGCAAAAUAAUUCUUUCUACUAAUGUUGCAGAAACCAGUAUCACAGUCAGUGAUGUUGUAUUUGUUAUUGAUUCGGGAAAGAUGAAGGAGAAGUCUUUUGAUGCUCUGAGUUGUGUUACAAUGUUAAGAACUGUGUGGAUUUCAAAAGCCAGCGCUAUCCAGAGAAGAGGGAGAGCUGGGCGCUGUCGGCCUGGAGUCUGCUUCCAUCUCUUCAGCAAGCUCCGAUUUCAGAAUAUGUUGGAAUUUCAGACUCCGGAACUUCGAAGAAUGCCGCUUCAGGAGCUUUGUCUACACACAAAACUACUGGCUCCAGUGAAUUGCCCAGUUGUUGACUUUCUCAUGAAAGCUCCUGAUCCUCCACCAGCUUUAAUUGUGAGGAACGCCAUACAAAUGCUCAAGAAAAUAGAUGCCAUGGAUGUUUGGGAAGACCUCACUGAACUUGGUUAUCAUCUUGCCGAAUUACCUGUAGAGCCACACCUUGGUAAAAUGGUGCUGUGUGCUGUUGUUUUGAAGUGCCUGGAUCCCAUUCUCACUAUUGCUUGCACUCUUGCGUAUCGAGAGCCUUUUGUUCUACCUAUGGUGGCCUCUCAAAAGCGUGCAGCUAUGCUGUGCAGAAAACGUUUAGCUGCAGGAACAUUCAGUGACCAUAUGGUGCUCCUCAGGGCUUUCCAGGCAUGGCAGAAGGCACGAAGUGAUGGCUGGGAGAGGGUCUUCUGUGAAAAAAACUUUCUUUCUCACGCUACAAUGGAAAUCAUAGUAGGCAUGAGAACUCAGUUACUUGGUCAGCUUAGAGCUUCAGGUUUUGUCAGAGCCAGAGGAAGUGCUGAUAUUAGAGAUGUUAAUGCUAACUCUGAAAACUGGGCUGUGGUUAAAGCUGCCUUAGUGGCUGGGAUGUACCCCAAUCUUGUGCAUGUGGACAGGGAAAACCUGGUUUUGACAGGCCCAGAAGAGAAGAAAGUGCGAUUUCAUCCUACGUCUGUUCUUAGCCAGGCUCAGUAUAAAAAGAUUCCGCCAUCAAAUGGGCAAGCUGCAGCUGUUCAGGCACUCCCUACUGACUGGCUUAUAUAUGAUGAAAUGACAAGAGCUCGCAGGAUAGCAAAUAUCAGAUGUUGUUCAGUUGUAACACCUGUCACUGUGGCACUCUUCUCUGGACCAGCUAGGUUACCACAUAAUGCUUUGGAAGAGCCUUUGUCCUUUCGAGGAAAUAGGGUAGCUAAUGAUGACAGUGAUAGUGGGAUGGAGGACGAAAGAUCCAAUGUGGCACUACUGAAGCUGGAUGAAUGGCUCCAUUUCAAAUUGGACUCUGAAGUUGCUGGUUUGCUGAUGCAACUCAAACUCAAGUGGCAUAGCUUACUUCUGCGCCGAAUGAGAGCUCCUUCUAAACCUUGGUCUCAAGCUGAUGAAAUAACUAUAAGAACAAUUGUAUCUGUUUUAAGUACUGAAGAACAGUUUGCGGGAUUGCUGCAGCCUUCAGGAGUUGGUCAGAGGCCAAGGCCUGUUUCUUACAAUGAACUUCCUUCAGCACCUACCUGGAGGUCAGCCAGCACCUCAGCAGAAAAUGAAUUAUCUGAUGAUUCCUCUAAUGCUGAAAAAGUUCUGAGGAAGUCUGCACAUCCAGCAUUUCAUCAGCCAAGGAGAUACAAAGACAAAAAUAUUUUGUCUUCCAAACGAACAUCAGAUGAGAAGUCAGAUCAGUCAUCAGUGAAAUCUACAGGCAGCAGUUCCUGUCCUAGCCCACGUGCUAGUCCUUCUGCAAUGUCUGGAAAGGAAAUCAGAGUGAAUUUUUCUGGGGUUCCAAAACUUCACCAAGACUUAUGUCUGCUAGUUUGGUACUUUAUAAUGAGAAGCAGCAAUCUGCAAAACCUUGAUAUUUCUCAACAGAAAGGUGUACAGUCUGUUACGCCAAGUAAUGAACAAAAGCCAAACGGAGCUUUUUGGGAGGGCAGCUUGGUCUAUUUAUUUUCUGUUCAAGGAUCUGGCUGCUUUCAGGUAACUUACCUUAUUGCUCAAAUAGUGAAGACUGAAUUGCAUUCAGGCAUCUGUCAGGUUGUUUGUAAUGAGUUAGCUACAUUAAUCCAUGAAAAAGAAACCAAGGAAAAAGCUGAAGGAUUGCUACAGUUACCUUUGCAGUCAAAAGCUAACAUUGAGCUGGACCCGCAAAUUGGAGAGCAGUUGCUCCAGCUCUGGGAUCAUCCUACUUCAGCAGGAAAAAGCUCAACUGACAACCCCUGGGUGUCCAAAAUUACUUAAAGCCAGAAAUGUGCCUCCAGUAAGAAGAUGAGGAAGAAGAUGGUGCAACAAGGCCUGAAAGUGUUAGUGAUGCUGUGCAGCUGGCACUUGAAGAGUAAAAGGAAAUAAAGUGGACUGUAAUAUUUUUCAUGUAUUAACAAAAAUCUUAACGUUGUUCACCCGCCUGAUUUCAAGUGAAUUAUUUUUUUCUCAAGUAAAAUAUUUAGUGUGUAGGUGAUUUUCAGAAAUAGGGUUAAAUUAAGAACAAAAUCUGCCAUUGUGCUUACUGAGUUUUAAAUGGCACAGCAAGUACAGUUUGAACUGUUGAAGUACGCAGUUACGUUCAAAGCUUUUUCAGCAUGAGUGGUAAAGAAACCAGUGUAAUAAUUGGUCUUGUGGGUUGUUGAAAUUGAACAAAUUUCCUUUACUAAAAUGAAUGAAAGAUUUCCUUAAGUAUUAGUUGACGUUCCAUGUGAGAAAUCAAUAUGUAUUCACACAAACAAUUGAGCAGCUGGAGAAUAUAGAAGUUCUCUGAAAUAUGUAAAUCAAAGGGAGCGUGAGACUCCUCUGAGAGUUGUCUUGUUUGAUGUCUGCUCCCAGUUUGUAGUUUUACACCUUGUUAAAGAUGAGCGUAGUUUACUAAGUCUCAGUUGUGUGGUAAUGGGUGAAAGUCUGUAGGGCCCCACUGUGGGCAUUCUUAGGAGGGGAUUUGGGUUCAUUAAAGAAAUAACUGCCUGCACAGCUUUCUUUGAUUACCGAGUUUCUCUUUACAGGUUAAGUUCUUGCUUUGUAAGAUUAGUGUCAAUUCACUCUAUUUGCUGUCAGCACGAUGUUUGUGGUUGAUGUUAAAAUAAACACAGAGCGUUUUCUGCC